GUCGUGUCGGAGGAGGUGGUGGGGGCGGAGAAAUGGCCCAUAGCAACAAACCUCAGAACAUUCAGUUCUUAGCAGCAGUCACUUGCAGAUCCGCCGGACAUACAGCUACUGUAUACUAACAAUUCUUCUCGUAUAAGAAGCGGGGUUUUUCUUCCCCUCACAUACAUCGCAUUUAUUUCAUUUCAUUUCUAUUCUAUUUCAGUUUUUUUGUUGUUUUUUUUUUUUUUUUGGGUAGUAGGGAGGUUCCUGAGGAGAUUCCCGGAUAUCUUUGGAGCGACAUGAGUUGUCUCUCUUCACUGCUACAACUCUGAGGACUAUAUAUAUAUUUACACGUUAGUUAGCUGCUUAGCUAACCAACCUUAAAACAGUUUGAGGUUGAACCUACGAAGCUGUUUAAGACGAAAAUGGGCUCAACAAAACCAGCUGGUGUGAUAGCAUACAUCUGCUCUUCCGGCUCUGCCUCCAGCUCCAAAUCCUGCUUGAAUGACUGCUCCAGUGUCCACUCACAGUCCUCAUCCCCUCCCCCUUCAGCAGCACUGAGCCUGAAGAUGGAAAUGCCCAGUGCCAGGCCUCUCAGUGUCCCUAAACCCCCCAACUCUCGCAUGCCUGUGUCGGAGAAGAGCGCAACCAAGAGCAGCAUCACGAAGCUGAACGGCAUGGUGCUGCUGUGUAAAGUGUGUGGCGACGUGGCUUCAGGAUUUCAUUACGGCGUUCACGCUUGUGAAGGUUGCAAGGGCUUUUUCCGGAGGAGCAUUCAGCAGAAUAUCCAGUAUAAGAAGUGCAUGAAGUCGGAGAACUGCACCAUCAUGCGCAUAAACCGAAACCGCUGCCAGCAGUGCCGAUUCAAGAAAUGCCUAGCAGUGGGGAUGUCACGGGACGCCGUGCGGUUUGGACGCAUUCCAAAGCGGGAGAAGCAGCGCAUGCUCCUGGAAAUGCAGAACGCUAUGAACAGCGUGAUGACCGGCGCCCAGCUGCACCAGGUGCUCCGAGAGUCCAGCUCCUGCUCUCCCUCGUCUUCCUCUUCCUCUCCCUCACCCCCGUCCUCACCGCAGUGCUGUCCUGACUCCGAGUCCUCCGUGCCCAUGGACACUAUGAGCUUGGCCUCGUCCUGUUCCUCAGACAGCGGCGAGGAGGAUCCGGCGCCUCGACCUGACGGAUUUCAUCUCGCACAGUCGGGGGGCGCCCUUUCCCUGGGCCUCUCAGAACGACUGAGCAACAGCAACACGACAAACAUCCACAGCUCUCCCUGUGAAAGUCGGCAGCAAAUCACUAUCCGGUACCACAGCAGCGCUCAGCCUGAUAACGCCUCGUACUGCCACUACAGCAGACCCAAUCUGAACGAGCUCGCUGGAAUACCAGCCAACCGACGGCACCUGGUGUGUCCCAUGAACAUUUCACCCGUAGUGGACCCGUCCAAGUCCAGCCACGAGAUAUGGGAGGAGUUCUCUAUGAGCUUCACGCCUGCCGUGCGAGAGGUGGUGGAGUUUGCCAGGCAGAUUCCCGGCUUUUGCGAGCUCUCGCAGCACGACCAGGUCAGCCUGCUCAAGGCUGGAACGUUCGAGGUGCUGAUGGUGCGCUUCUCCUCGCUGUUCGACGUGAAGCAGCGCACAGUGAGCUUCCUGAGUGGGCGGAGCUACAGCGUGGAGGCUCUGCGCUCCAUGGGCGCCGGAGAACUGCUCUCGUCCAUGUUCGACUUCAGCGAGAAGCUCGUGGCGCUGCAGCUCAGCCCCGAGGAGACGAGUCUCUUCACUGCACUCGUGCUCGUGUCUGCCGACCGCACCGGGAUAGAGGACGUCAGCUUGGUGGAGGCUCUGCAGGAGAACCUGAUCAGAGCUUUAAGGAACCUGAUCACGAAGAACCACUCGAACGAGGCGGCCGUCUUCACCAAGCUGCUGCUGAAGCUGCCGGAGCUUCGUUCCCUCAAUAACAUGCACUCAGAGGAGCUGCUCUCCUUCAAGGUCCACCCUUAAAAAUGGGACGGACGUGCUGUCCUCUCUCGGACCAAACCGGGCUGUACAUUUCCCUCCUGAAUGUAUUUAACACAAAAGAUUUAUUAUUAUUAUUAUUAUUAUUAUUAUUAUUACUACUACUACUACUAUGUCAAAAGUUUUUAGGAACUGUGGAAGUCCAGAGAAGUGGUGUAUUUUUUUUUUCUCUUCUGUCUCGGUCUCACACUCGCACAGCAAAGUAUAAGAUAAAUGGGUUGCCAGAUUGGGUGAUUUUUUUUUUUUUUUUUUAAUUCAGUCACAGUUUAAACCCUUUACAAAUAAACCUCCAGCUUCAUGCACUUAAAUGUAAUAUUAGCUAGGAUAAAUUCUUGGUUUUUUCCCCCACAGCUAGGAUGAAAUUAGAUGAGGAAGGGUUAGGGUUAGUCUUUAGACCCUAAUGUUUGGCCAGCUUGGUCAGAAGAUGUUGAUUCAUGUUCUCUAACUGCAGGUCUGACGGUAGUUCUGGCUGUAAAUGAAAUAGAAGGUUUAUAUAUUAACGCGAUUGUUCUGAUAUGUUAUCGUUUCUACAGUACACUAUCGGUCAAAAGUUUGUGGACAAAAUGUUUCUCACAAUCUUAAAAACCUUUUGAUCUGAAGGUGUGGGAUUAAAUGUGUGAAAUCGGUGUCGUAGACAAAAAUAUAAUCGUGCCGACGUAUCCGCUUCUUUCAUUAGAAAACGAACAUUUCAAUGACAAAAAAAUGUUUUUAAGACGGACGACUCGGAGCAAAAUAUUCGGAAAAGCAGCCGAUAAGAGUCUGGCGUCGGUGGGAACUCCUUUAAUACUGUUUAAAAAUCAUCUCAGGGAAAUUCCUCAAGAAAUCGGUCGAGAAAAUGCCAAGAAUACAUUUCUGGAAAUUCUCGGCAAAAAGGGCGUCUACUUUGAAGAUGCUAAAAUAUUCAAUUAUUUUGAUUUGUUUUGGAUUUUUUUAUCACAACAUAAUUCCCAUAGGUCCAUUUGUGUUAUUCCAGAGUUUUGAUGACUUUAUUAUUAUUAUAAAAUGUGGAGGGGGGGGGUUAAUUUUUAGAAUGUGCGUGUCUAAACUUUUGACCAGUAGUGUACGUCUGAUGAGAGGCUGGUGAGGAAAUGACCGUUCAUAGCUGUACCGUAACUUGAAGAGGAGUAAAACACUUCAGGACAUACCGGUAUAGGGAAAUAAUCAGCUUCAGGGUGGGAACAGUAAUCCGUUGUUGAUUAUGUUGCUGAGUGUUUUAUUCCUUACACCAAGGACAGAACAGAAAAAAAAAACAAUAUUGCAUCACA